CGAGAACUAAAUACCAGAACACUUUUGGUGAAUAAAAUAUCGGGGACACGUGGGAAUCAGGAUUAAAGUUUACAGUUUUUGAAUCAGGAUUUCAGCCUCUUCAGCUCUGACCAGAACUGGACCAGACCUGUGGUUCUGCUCUGAGGUUUCUACCCCAUAGCUCUCCAGAUGGAAACCGGCCCCUGCACAAAGUAGGAGUGGGCGAGGCCUAAACCAGGCCACCUUUCCUCUGGUAUAACCUUUGAACUUGAUGUGGUGACUUGUGUCUGGUUUGGUGGCUGCAGGGAUGUAUGAGAAGUACAUCGUUCUGAUCUUUGAGAAUGGUCUGGUGAUGAAGGAGCAGAUGAUCCUGGAGGAUAUCCUGCAAUUCGUCGGUAGGAGCAACAAGGUCAGCAAGUUUCCAUCCAAGCUGACCUUUGAGGAGGCCAACGUCCGACUGGUCAACUACAACAAGGCAUCCAAUCAGAAGUGGGAGAAGGUGAAGCCCGCUCCGAUCCCCUCCAGCAUCACCAAGGUGUCUCCGGCUCCCGCGGCCAGUCAGACCGUCUGCACGCAGAUGGCAAUCCGCCAGAGGACCAACUCCUACCUUGAGGAAGAGGACGAGAACAUGACGGACCUCCAGCCCCCCUUCCCUGGUCCGAAUGAGAAGUAAGUCUGAAGCCCUGAGAUCCGACCCGCCUGUCAGAACCAGCCGGAUGGUACCAGAACCUUUCAUGUC